AUGAGAGCAUGCUGCGCUUCCAAGCCGGCCGACGCCAUGGAGAACGAUCCCCAUAACAACCCAAGUAGUGGCGCCAACGCCUCCAUGACGCGUCAGAUCUCAGGAUAUGCAAAGCAUCUAUACAACGCUGGCGAACACCUCAUCGAGGUCGAUGCUUUGUGCCAGCCAAGCCCUGCGGGUGUGAAGUUCCGUGCCAUGGUCAAGAUUACGCGCGGAAAAGAGGUCGAGAGGCAUGAUUUGCAAAACGAAGCGUAUGGGACGUUGGAGGCAUCGCUGUCUGCAUUGCUGCAGACGACGAUGACGAAGAUUGAAGAGCAGAGUGGAUAG